AUGCUAGAUGCGAUUUGGCAACGGCUGAGCUUUGCCUGGGGCGUGAUCCGCAUCGCAUCCUACUCGGCAUGGCGGUUCUUCUUCCCUGCUGAUGAGCAGCAGCAGCGACCAACAGUGUCUGCGCUUGUCCUGGGCUUGCAAGGCGUUGGAAAGACGACAAUGCUCACGCGAUUGGCCAACGAAACGCCGCAACAGGACAUCCCGCCCACAAAAGGGUUUGCCAUCAAGGCGAUUCAAACUCCAGCCUGCAUCAUCAAUGCCAUGGAGAUUGGAGGCAAUCCCAAGCUGCGACCGUACUGGCACCGCUACUUCCACCAAGCACAUGGCCUGGUUGUGGUUGUAUCGGACAAGGAAUCGACCGAGGAACAGGCCGCCAUGCUGAAGGGGCUUCUGUAUGACAAGCGCAUCUUCGGGCCGCGCCUCAUCAUUGCCAACACAUUCCUCGCAACUGCACCAGAGACACCAACAGCAGCCAGCAGCGGCGGCGAUAAGCAAGCGAGCGGGCCUGCUGCUCCUUCCCUCGCUGACGUUGUUCGCGCCAUGGUCGAUGCUGCCAAUGCAUCUGGCCAGAUCAAGUACCCCGUCUCCUUCCGCGCAGCACCACUGCUUCCAUCGCCAUCCCCAUCGCCUGAGAAGGGACAAGAGGAAGCGGAGGUGCGAGCGGCCUUUGGGCGGUUCGGUGCACAGGUUGUCGACGCGCUCAUGGCCGAGGCCGGCGACGCAGACAGGAUCCAGCCCCCGUCUGCACAAACAUGAUAUGAGUAUUUGAUUGAUUGUGUGUGUGUGUGUGUGUGUGUGUGUGUGUGUGUGUGUGUGUGUGUGUGUGUGUGUGUGCCUCCGCCUCGCCCCAACCCUCUGCAUCAUCGUCCUCUACUCGUGUUACAUAUUGCAUGGACUGCCCACUGCUUGCCGCCCUCCUUGGUACAUGGACUUGUACAUACGACCCAUAAUACAAACCUGCAAUGAAAUUGCACCACAACCACUUUUUACUGCAGUUUCACGCUGUCC